AUGCUACUGGGCCUAACCGAUGAACAAAGUUUUAGAAGGCUGAAGGAGAUAGAAGAAGACGUCAUCAGCCUGACAAACGCCGAGAAUCUUAACGAAGCCAUGGACCGACAAGCAUUAGUGGUACCGCAUGCUCGGCUUCAAAAGCUAACCGUACGUAUACGAAAGCUUUCAGAAAGGUGUGUUGCGGGAACACUGACGGCUAAAUUACAGCUCUUGGUGUUGGAUAAGCUUGAGAUAAAGAAAGGAGAAUUCACUGAAGAAAUAGAGCGGCUUGAAGCGAAUCCAGGAAAUACAUCUCCUCUGGCGGAUCCGGUCAUAAACGAAACCGACGAAAGGACGGAGACUCCUUUCACCGGGCCACUUGAAACCGCUCAACCUAGGGAUUCAGAACCGCCCAUCACAGAAGAGAAAAUCAAGACUCUUAUUAAAGAGUUGGUCAAAGAUGCGGUUAAAUCCUGGAAGAAGAAGGCUAAGAGGGUCGCGGUUCAGGCAUUACAAAUGGCCGAAACAACAAGGGAUAAUCUUGUGAAGGCAGAAGCCCGGAUCACAAACAUCGAAGCCGACUACCGGGACGACACGGUUCUGCACAACGAUCAUCUUAAGCGAACCGAAGACUUGGAAGAUAAGACCUCCAGGAUGGUGGAUGACAUGGAUCGGUUUCAAAAGGAAACCGAUCAACAACUCACAAAGGUCGAUGAGGACCUGGGGCGGUCAAGCACCGAAGCCGCUUCCACACUUAACAGAGUCAUCAGCCUCGAGGAAAAGAAUGCAAGCCUUGAGGACCGGAAUACCCAACUUGAAGUCGACCUCAAGGUGCUCACCGAACAAGUAAAUGAAUUAAUCAAGGCCAAGAUUAAUGUUGAUACAGCGGUUGAGGAGGCAAACGCCCGAGCGGCUAAAGAAGUUCAAGAUGCGCUGGACGAAGAAACGCGGAAAGCAAAGGAGGCACCGCGACUGUCUGAAGAGGAAAUAGCCGUGCGCGAACGACACCUAGCGGCUAAAAAUCCGGCACUUGCAAGGUCCAUAGCAGCUCAAGUGGCCGAGGAUGCAGAAUGGUUAAAUACAGAAAAGCAAAGGCUCGCCGAUUACGCAAAGGCUCACAAGAAGAUCAAUGCGGCUUCUUCCUCCUCGGUUUCGGCAAAAGGGAAACGGAAAACACCAUCAAGGAAGGUUCAAGUAGCCGGGAUGUUGGAAAGGAUUACCGAGACAAUCAUUGAAACUCAACCGAACCCAGCUAUGCACACCGAGGAUGAAAUCGAAGAAAACCUCGAGCCGCGAACUACAAGACAACGAGUUACCAAUGCAGUUCCAAUCAGCACGGUCGGUCAACCGCAAGCUGGAGGUUCAUCCUCAAGAACGGCUCCACCGGAUGAGGAACAACCAACCGAUGACAUGAUGGAAGGGUUCCUGCCAUCCGAAUCAGAAUAG